AAUAAUAAUAAUAAUAAUAAUAAUAAUAAUAAUAAUAAUAAUAAUAAUAAUAAUAAUAAUAAUAAUAAUAAUAAUAAUAAUAAUAAUAAUAAUAAUAAUAAUAAUAAUAAUAAUAAUCAUAAUAAUAAUAAUAAUAAUAAUAAUAAUAAUAAUAAUAAUAAUAAUAAUAAUAAUAAUAAUAAUAAUAAUAAUAAUAAUAAUAAUAAUAAUAAUAAUAAUAAUAAUAAUAAUAAUAAUAAUAAUAAUAAUAAUAAUAAUAAU